AUGAACGCAGCGACGACGACGACUAGGGCUAGCCGCGAUCUCCUCCGCGCCGCCAGCCGGCGGGGAGGCACCGCGAGGACGGCGGGAGCGGCAGCAGCAUUGACAUCACGGCAACAAUGCUACUCCUUCUUCUCGACUUCGAGCGCGCGCAGGGCGGCAGCGGCAGCACCGGCCAAGGCAAACGAGCCGAGCGAGCACCUGAUCGCUGUGUCCAAGGCCCAGGGUGUUUCUAGGGGACUUGUCGGUGCGAUCGGCAACACCCCGCUCAUCCGGCUCAACACCCUCUCGGAGCAAACGGGCUGCUCGAUCCUGGGCAAGGCCGAGUUCAUGAACCCGGGCGGGUCGGUCAAGGACCGAGCGGCGCACUACGUGGUCCUCGACGCCGAGGAGCGCGGACUACUCCGGCCGGGCGGGACGGUGGUCGAGGGCACGGCGGGCAACACGGGCAUCGGGCUCGCGCACGUGUGCCGGUCCAAGGGCUACAAGCUCGUCAUCUACAUGCCCAACACGCAGUCGCAGGGCAAGAUCGACCUGCUGCGCCUGCUCGGGGCCGAGGUGUACCCCGUCCCCGCGGUGGCGUUUGACAACCCGGAGAACUACAACCACCAGGCGGCGCGGCACGCGGAGCGGCUGUGCAAGGAGGAAGGCGAAGGGGCGGCCGUGUGGACCAAUCAGUUUGACAACACGGCCAACCGGAGGGCGCACAUUGAGACGACGGGCCCGGAGAUCUGGCACCAGACCGGAGGGAAAGUGGACGCUUUCACCUGCGCGACCGGCACGGCGGGCACCCUCGCGGGCACGACGCGCUACCUCAAGGACGUCUCGGGCGGGCGGGUCAAGAGCUUCCUCGCCGACCCCCCCGGAAGUGUCCUGCACAGCUACGUCCAGUCCGGAGGCAAGCUGUCGGAGCGCUCGGGCGGGAGCAUCACCGAGGGCAUUGGCCAGGGCCGCAUCACCGACAACCUGGCGCCCGACCUGGCCCUCGUCGACGGCUCGCUCCACAUCGCUGACGAGAAGAGCAUCGAGAUGGUGUACCGCUGCCUCGACGAGGAAGGGCUGUACCUGGGCGCCAGCUCUGCGCUCAACGUCGUCGCGGCAAAGGAGGUCGCCGAGAUGAUGGGGCCCGGACACACGGUCGUCACCAUGCUGUGCGACGGCGCGUACCGGUAUGCGGACCGCCUGUUCUCCAGAAAGUGGCUCGAGAGCAAGGGCUUGCUGGGGGCCGUGCCGGAGCGGUUGUCAAAGUACAUUGUGUUGCCGUAG